CUUAUCACUUAGAAAACUAUUACGACGUUCAUUCUCUUGUUUAAAUAAACCGAAAAACAAUUAGUGACUCAUUGAAUUGAGAUUGAUAAGUAUCUUUUUGUAAUUCCUAUCUUAUCAGUUUACAUGAUAUCAAUGUACAAUGAUUUUAUUGCUGCAAAUAACAGACUAUUGUUAAGUCUUUGAGUAAUAUGCCUCUCCAGUAUUUGCUUAAUAUUGUAUUUUAAAUAUGGACAGAUCACGCCCCUCCUUACCUCGGGACAAUAGCUUUUACAUUUAUCCAAUGGAUAAGAAUGUCAAUAAUUAUGAUGAAAUCCAAGAAAGUCACUGGGACAGUUUUCAAAAUGGACAUAGUUCGCAUUUUGCAAAUUUAAAUGAGGGUUUUUCUGAUGGGAACAGUGACAGUGAACGAUAUAUGCAUUCUGAAUGGAAUGAACUUGGCAACAAGUCCAGAAGUCGUAAUGCAACUCUUCGUUGGAACUUGGCACUUAAACAGACCAUGGAAAGCAUGCCAUCAAGGACUCUUCCAAGGCACUUUCCAGGCAGUCAUUCCUGGUCCAAUCUUCCAGCAGAUGCACCUGAAAAGUCUAGGAUGCCUUUAGAGAAUUAUGCUAAUAACAUAGCUUGCAGGAUGGAAGAUGACCCCUCAUUAAUGGAGAAUACACCAUAUGCUGCUCAACUUAGACAGGAAACUCUGAGGAACAUGCCGCAAUGUUUGACUGUAAAGAGACUAGUCCAAAAACGUCUCACUCAAACUGUUAGUAGAAGAUCUAAACAUAAACCUCUUGGGUUUUUUAAACGUACUAAGUAUAAAGUAAAAAUGCAAAUUACUAAGCUUGAAAAUUGGAUUAAAAACUUUAUGGUUUCUUUUGAACUGUGGUAUAGUUCUCUGAAGAUGAUAGAGGGCAAUUUUGGGUCGGGAGUUGCCACAUAUUUCAGAUUCUUGCGUUGGCUUUUUCUAAUGAAUGUAAUUCUAGCAAUUCCAGCUUUAGGCUUUAUAGUAGUGCCUCAAAUUUUAUAUUCUAGCAAUAAGGGAUAUGGGAUUGAUAAUAACGAAACUUUGAAGUGGUACGACUUCUUUUCAGGACAGGGCUACCUGACCCGAACAAUAUUAUUUUAUGGUCAUUACACAAACAAAACUAUAACACUUAUUGGGAACCACAAUUACCACAUGUCCCAGGCCUAUUUAUUUACCAUGUUUUGUUUAUACUGUGCUGCUUUCAUUGUGAUUAGUAUAAGUACUGCCUGUUCAUAUCGACGAAGUUUUAUAGAGACUAAAGGCGGCUUACAGAACGUUUUUGCUCAAAAAAUUUUUUGCGGUUGGGACUUUAAUAUAGCAACAAAAAAGGCUGCAGAAUUAAAAUCUUCCGCUAUUUAUUACGAACUAAAGGAAUUGUUAAGCGAAAUUAAAGAGGAAAAAGAUAAGAAAUCGAUAUGUGAAACAGUUAGGAAUUCGACAACAAAACUGUUGAUUAAUGUUAGUACAGUGUUGUUAUUAAUGGGAACUGGUUACAUAGUGUGGGUGUUACUAGAUAAGAGCAAAAAUUAUUUGGAUGAUGAAAGUCAAAAGACCAAUAUGGCUUUGGUAACUGCAGUAAUUAUAAACGUUUGUAUGCUCUUAAUACCUGUUUUAUUUGGAUAUUUGAGAAAGUAUGAGAAGUAUUCUAAUCAAAGCGUAGCAUUUAAUAUUACACUUGUUCGAACUUAUAUGCUCGAAUUGACUAUUAUUGGAGUGCUAUUGACUUUCUGGCUAACACGUUCAAAUAACGAUAGUUGUUGGGAAACAUCUUUGGGUCAGGAGAUUUAUAGACUUAUUGUGUUCGAUUUUGUCAUUUCAGUAAUUCUAUCUUCUUUUUUAGAAAUAUUGAGAUAUCUUUUUAAAAAGGAUUGUAUGGGACAAGACGGUUUAUCAGAGUUUGACAUAGCUCGUUAUUCUUUUCAAUUAAUCUACACACAAACACUCUUCUGGAUAGGUUUCUUUUUCUCCCCUGUUCUUCCUGUCGUACUUUCUAUAAAACUUUUGUUCACAUGGUACAUUAGGACCUUUUGUACCUUGCAUUUGUGCAAGUCAUAUGCCAGAUCUUGGAGGGCAGCUCAAACCAACACUGUGUUCUAUAUUCUCACCUUUCUUACCCUUUUCUUUUCCAUUAUUUUCUUCGGAUACAUCAUAAUUAGAGUUCCCAUAUCGAGUUGUGGUCCCUUCAUGGGGAACUCUUAUAUGUAUGAAAUAAUUAUCGACGUAUUACAUUUAGAAAGGGGCACUGUGUUUUGGGAGAUUGUGAUAUUUUUUACUCGACCGGGGGUGGUUGCAUUUAUUUUUAUUAUGCUUUGUAUUGGGGCGUAUUUCUUAAGAGCCAAGGGAAAAGCUCAAUACAAAAUGGUGAAAAUAUUAAGAAAAAUGCUAGUUGCUUCGGCCAAAGAUAGGGAAUUUUUGCUUAAUUACAUUGCCAAUGUGACCGCUUCUCAAUUUCAACAUGAAAAGUUUUCAUCUUUCGACAUGGACAGUGUAUCAGCUGAGUACAUGAAUUCGAGAGGAUUUGAUGAGGAACACUUCGCAGAUUCAGAUUCUAUCGACGACAACUAUAUUACUAAUAAGAAGCGAUAUUAACUUCUUGUUCUAAAUUUUAUGCAAUGUUAGAUAUUUUAUAUUUAUUAAUUAUUUACGUAUAUUAUUUAGACUUGCAAGUGUGAUAAAUAUGAUAUUUAUUUUUCAAUUAAAAAGUAAACGUUUACUUUUUUACUUCAA